AUGAGGGGAGAAAAGGGUCGUACGAAGGAGGAAGAAGACUUGCUCAACUGCUACAUCAGAUUGAAGGAGAAAAAAGAGAAACUACGGCGACUGAGGCAGGAAAAAGCCGAUAAAAAGAAUAAUCAAGCUCCGCUAGUGAAGAAAAACUUCAACAUGGAUCGUCAAUUCAACGAAAAAGAGCUCAAAAAUCAAGUCAAAAAUGCUUCCAGCGCAACUGAACGUGCUAAAAUGCUCCUCAAAGCUGGCAAAUUGAAAGUCGACCAAAGAAAAAGUGCUGGAUUCAAACGAAGACAAAGUACGGGCGCAGCAAAAGCGCGUCCUCUUCAACUCGAUGAGCCAGAAUUCGAGCUUCCACAGUAUGCAGACGAUACAGUCAUUGUUCCGUCCGAAGAUAAAUACAAAAACAUACCAGACAGCAAUGCUGGGCUACCUCAGGCUCCGAUGAAGCCAAAACCAAGACCUGUUCAAAAGAAACCACCAACGAAGAAGCCUCAAAUCAACCGCCAGCAAAUCUGCUACGACGACGAUUUAUUCGACUAA